UACCUGAGGGGCCCGGGGUGCGUGACGUCACACACACACACACCCACACACACCCGGCCGGAAGCCGCAGGCGGAGCCCGGUCCUCUGACCUCACAAACACACCUCGCCGCCCGCCCGGAGUGGGGCCGCCCCAGCCGCGCCUCUGCGGGGCCGCUCGCGCUCCGCGGCCCUCUCCCUUCCCUGCCACGCCACUCGUGGCAGCCAUGAAGGGGACCCCCGGCUCCCUGGAGACCAUGCUGUGGGUCUACCACUUCCACAGCUCCACGGAGGUGGCGCUCCAGCCCCCGCUCCUGUCUUCGCUGGAGCUCGCCGUGGCCGCGGCCCACGAGUAUCUGGAGCAGAGGUUCGCGGAGCUGAAGUCGCGGGAGCCGCCCGCCCCGGAGCCCACCCUGGGGCUGCUGCUGAGAGAGGCCGCGGCCAGCGUCGUCAACUUGGGCGCCACCUUGUUAGAGGCCCUCCCUCAAGCUGUAAGAAAGAAGGAGUCACACCCUGGAAGAAGCUCUGUGCCUCCGGAGGUUUUUCUGCCUGCUCUUCUGCCUGCCUGUCCUCAUGCCUCUCCUCCUCUUGCUGCUCCUGCUGCCGAGCCUUUCACACUCGGAUUCCUCCUGUGAGAUCUUCAUAGUGGCCAACAAGAUGGAGGUGAACUGUGAAAAGCGGGGCCUGAAGGCGAUGCCUUCAGAUUUGCCGGGCGGCGCCAACAUCCUCCGCCUGGGCGAGAACCCCCUGGGCACCUUCGCCCUGUCGUCCCUGGCGUCGCUGCCCCGCCUUACUCAGGUGCACCUGGGAGACAGCCAGCUGACCGAACUGCGGGCUGAUGCGACGCUGCCGCUGCUGGAGACCCUGGAGGUACCCCACAACCUGCUGUCAAGCCUGCCCGCGCUGGGGCAGAGCCUGCCAGCACUCACCACCCUGGACGCCUCCUACAACAAGCUGACCUCAUUGUCUCCGGGUGUCCUGGACGGCCUGAGCCACCUGCAGGAGCUCUCCCUGUGGAAGAACAAGCUGCGGACGCUGCCGCCCCGGCUCCUGGCGUCCACCGUCCGCCUGAGGAAGCUCAACCUGGCCGAGAACCAGCUGACGGACCUGCCCCCGGAGCUCCUGGAUGGGUUGGAGGAGCUGGACACCCUCUACCUCCAGGGGAACUGGCUGCGCACAGUCCCCGAGGGCUUCUUCGGAGACCGCCUUCUGCCUUUCGCUUUUCUCCACAACAACCCCUGGUUCUGCAACUGCAGCAUCCUCUACUUCAGCCGCUGGCUGCAGCAGAACGCCGACAGCGUGUACUUGUGGAAGGAGGGCGUGGACAACAAGGCCAUGACCCCCAACGUGGAGAGCGUGCGGUGCGUCAACCUGCACCAAAGCCCCGUCUCCGCCUUCCCCGGGAAGGGCUGCGCGCCUCCCAAAGGUGACACAGAGGUCCCUGAGUAUGACGCCACGAGUGCGGAGGUGCCUACCACAAGGGCUGCGGUCUCCCACACCAAAGCCGAUACAACUCCCGGGGGCCUCUUCGCCCCAGAACCGACUGCUUCUCCAGCCAGCCACGUGCCCUACUUGCCUCCAUCCCCUGAGCCCACUAAGAAACAGACCACAUUUCCAACCACAUUAGAACCCAUUACAUCCUCCCACACUCCCAAACCCACGACUGAAACCACCACAACCCGGACCACCCCAGAGCCCACCACGACCCCAACUACCCCAGAGCCCACCACGGCCCCGACCACCCUAGAGCCCACCACACCCCCGUCUACCCCAGAGCCCACCACAGCCCCGACGACCCCAGAAACCACCACAACCCUGAGCACCCCAGAGCCCACCACAGCCCCGACGACCCCAGAAACCACCACGGCCCCAACUACCCCAGAGCCCACCACGGCCCCGACCACCCUAGAGCCCACCACACCCCCGUCUACCCCAGAGCCCACCACAGCCCCGACGACCCCAGAAACCACCACAACCCUGAGCACCCCAGAGCCCACCACAGCCCCGACGACCCCAGAAACCACCACGGCCCCAACUACCCCAGAGCCCACCACGGCCCCAACUACCCCAGAGCCCACCACACCCCCGACCACCCCAGAGCCGACCACACCCCCGACCACCCCAGAGCCCACCACGGCCCCAACUACCCCAGAGCCCACUAUACCCCCAACUACCCCAGAGCCCACCACACCCCCAAGCACCCCAGAAACCACCACGACCCCGACCACCCCGGAAACCACCACACUACAUACCACCUCAGAACUGACCACAUUAACCACCACAGAACCCGCCUCCCUCCCUCCCUUAGAAUCCACAACAAUCACCCCUGACUUUUUCGACCUCGCCAAGGUCCGAGGAUUAGCUCAAGGGAAUGUGGAUAGCUCCCAAAGGGACCCUUUUCUCAGCCCCGACUUCUGCUGUCUCCUUCCCCUGGGCUUCUACAUCCUGGGCCUCCUCUGGCUCCUGUUUGCCUCUGUGGUCCUCCUCCUGCUGCUGAUCCGGGUCCGGCACCUGAAGGCACGGCCCCUGGACUUCGGCCAGCCUGUUGCCCUGACCACAGCCACGCACACCACCUAUCUGGAGCUGGAGAGGGGAAGGCAGGUGGCUGUGCCCCGGGCCUGGCUGCUUUUCCUCCAGGGAUCAUUCCCAACUUUCCGCUCCAGCCUGUUCCUGUGGAUCCGGCCCAAUGGCCGUGUGGGGCCUCUGGUGGCAGGACGGCGGCCCUCAGCCCUGAGUCUGGGCCGUGGUCAGGACCUGCUGGGCACAGUGGGCCUUAGGUACUCCGGCCACAGCCUCUGAGGUUGGGCGAUUUGGGGACUUGGAGAGGCUCUGGUGGGAUCUGGUGGGGGGUGGGGGCUAGUGACAAUCACAGGGUCACGGGGAGGUCUCACUUUUUUAUCAGAAGCCUCCCCUUCAUACCACAGGAACAACCUCAAAACCAGUCAGCCAGGAGAGGAAGUGAGAUGGAGUUGUGUGGCUCAUAGAAAAAAAAGCAUUAGAUGAGGUGGGGUGGCAGACCACUGGGUUAUUACCACUUUGAUUGAUGUUUCUACUUCUCUAUUCCUCUCCCUCUCUAAAAAGAAAAAUCAAUAAAAGCAUUUUUUUUUUUAAUAGAAGACUGGCCCCCACGUUUAUCUGUGUAUUGAAAAUUUGAAGAGAUUUAUCAAGAUGUGAACCCUGAUUGUCUCGGGGUGGUAUAUGGUCUUCCUUUCCUCUGCUUGGCCUUUUCUAUCAUCAUAUUAUUGGUAUAAUAAAAAGUAAUUUCA